AAAAAUGGGGCAACGAUUUAAUCGAAAGACGAGGAGGAAGCACGGUGGUCGGCCCAUCUGACUCUCCGCGUGAUUUCAAAGUUUCCUCCGUGGAUGCCGUACAAGUGUCUGGCCAGCACGUUGGCUCUCUCCUCUUCCGCUCGUAUGGCCGUCCGUCUGUAUUGAGCGACCGUCAACAGACAGCCGACUAUUAACGCGAUCUGUAUGAUCAGCCAGAAUAUCAACAGGCUCAGAGCGAGGCUAGGGUCCACGCAAAAGAGUCCAUCCACCGAGUCUGAGAAUACAGAAGGGUAUUAGAUGGUGCAAAAGGUUAACUUCGAACGAGAGUAACACUUACUUUCACCGGUGAUCAGCACGGUAUCAGGGGAUGCGCUGGGUCUCGUCGAAGACAAACGAUCCGGCGAAGACGCGACAGGAUUUUGCACGAUUAUAGAGAGCUGCAGCGGCAGUUCUUCGAGAGUUUCCUCUCGCGGUUCGUCGGCUCGUUUUCUUCUACCGUAGGAAAUUUGAUCGCCUUUGCAGAUGGUCUGUAACGCGUGAAAUAAUCGAUCAGCGAGUUCGUCGGAGAGAGGAGGGAAUCGACUCACCGGCGUACAUUUUUCCAAACAGAAUCGAACGAUCACGUUGAAUCGAACUAGUUGACUAUCGGGGAACUUGAAGGCGGCGAAGGUCGAGAUCAAGGAGCGGCCGUCGAGCGGAUCUUUCGUCAAGGCUGGGAAGGUGGUAGGGUCGGUGGGGCAACCGAGUUCGUUCAACAGCAAGUAGGAAGCGUCGCCGGAAGCGCUGCUCGCUACAAGGUGACCGGCGGUGAUGUCGUAGGCGUCUUUACCGUGAGAAAGGGAGUCAGAGUUAUUCGAAAUUUAGGAUUGCGAUAUUCGUGGGCGAAAAGGUAUACCGUUCGGUGGAUCAAGUUGAAUUCUCAGCGUCAAUUUCUGUCCCAAGUGCGUGACGACCGCGUCCCUCGAGUUUUCGUCCAGAAUCCUCAUGGUGACCAUCGGCGCUUGGGACGAGGCGUUCACGACGGUCGAGGAUAUGGGUGGUACUCCUGCGCUAAACACACGGAAUUCGAGCGAACGAUACGCGGCUAAAUCUAAAAGCUGAGAAUGGAUGCUCACUUCGGGUCGAGAAAGCUGAAGCUCGAGUGGACGGUAACGUUGCGCGGAAUCGGGGGUUCUUGAUCGUUCAACGAGCAUCCAACCUUGACCGCUUGAUCCCCCAAACGUUGAACGAUCGGGUUGAACUGCACCACGAUCGUUGUCCAGACCAGGGGUCGUGUCCUGCGUUCCAAUUCCCUUUAUUUUUACUCGAUUCUUUGUCGUUUGUCAACGAUGUCUCUUACCGAUUUCGAUCGUCGACGGAGAAGGCUAAGUUCAGACCGCAUUGAAUUCCGUUACCGUCGCGUAGUCGAUCGACGGACGGUAUCGGCAAGACCAACAACGUGCGAUUACCGCCUCCGCCUUGAACACCACAGUCGUCCGCGUGACCAAUCGGGUAGAUCCGACCGAAAAAUCGGUCGUUGGUUCUCAGCUCGAUCGUGAUCGUCAACUGGUCGCAUCGUACCCUCACUGAAAGAUUAAACGGUUUCCCGUGGUUUCGCGCGGCGAUCUCGAUCGCGAUACUUACGGUCCAGACACGGUUCCCGUUCCCUGUAGAUCACGUUCGACGCGACGAUCAGCGAGCUAACUCCGAGACCGUUCGUGUCCUCCGAGUGCAACAGGCAUACCGGUUCCCCGGACGAGUUGUCCAUCGUGUAUCCGCGGCAGAUGAAACCGUCCACGCUCCGGUCGCACCUCUGUCGGCACUGCAUCGGAAUCCAUCGAUCGUCGAUCGGUAUCGAAAGAAAAUGGAAUCGCAACCCUUUACCUGAUUCUCGUUAAGAUCGAGCAGCGCGAGGUCCGAGUAGGGUAAGGAGGCGUUUGGAAAUUCCGCGUAGGAGCAAUAUUCUUGUCUCGCUGUAACACGAAACGCUGGCGAUUCUUUUGCAAAGCGAUCGAGCUUUUUCCGGGUUACUCACAGAGGUUACGGCAUUGAUCCCAAAGAUAUUCGUCUCUGUACAUGGAGGCUCUGUAAGCACGAGGUUUGAUCCCCCGUUCGAGCAACGAUAGGGAACAUUGGCCGAUCGCGUUAUCGGACGAGAGCGGCUUGGUCGUUCGGAAUUGCGCCGAUUGACAGCUUCUUCCUGCGAACGAUUCGAGGCUGAAAUGGUUUUAGGAUCUUAAAGAUCGCGCGCUUACCUGUCUCCACGCAUUUUUCGUAACACUGGUUUCUGGUGAUGGGUUGAGGCAAGUGAAAGGCUCCGGAGUCGAUCAACACCGCUCCCGGGCUUCUCUCGACUUGCCAAAAUCUGUCUCGUUUGCAACUCUGUGGAACUAGCCGAGAGCAAAUCCGUUUCGAUGAAUGGCUUUUGGAAGCGGUGGGAGCGUAUUCUCACCUUUCACGCAGACUCGCUGGUAGAAGGUCGAAUUCGCUUCCGGUAUCAGCUCGUCGUCCUCCGUUCGAACGCUGUAACAAACGCUUCGGCCGAAAUCUACGACGAACGCGGUGCAGUUUACGCGGUCGCACCUGAAACCGAACGAAAUUUUGCCGAUUUUCUUUUCCCUUCCGUUUACUGAACAAUGUUCUGGCUUUUCGCCUACCUCUCGAAACAGGGUUUCGUUAUUCCCUUUGAGUUUACGGCGCUGUACAGAAUCGUUUGUGAGCUUAUGGACUCCGGUUUGACGCUGCCGAUUUUCUCCCAGCCGGUGUCGGAACAAUUUCCCCGCGUUUCUGCAACGCAACGAUCGAUCAACGGUUAGCGAUCGGUGUUUCCAACGAUCAAUCGAGCCUCGACGCUUACCGAUUUUCGUCACGAAUCCGCAAACCGCGAUCGUUACGAGGAGAAGAGCGAGCAUCGUCGCGUUCGACGCUCGUUUCCGGCCGCGUACCCGUCCGAGCCUCGAGUAUCGAGCACGGUGCCAAGGAUAUUUGCGAUCGUUCGCUCGCGCGUCCUAGUUCCCGGCUGGUCGAACACCGGCUCGAGCUUACGUAACCGCGUUUCGCGCCUCGUUACGUCGUUGAUUCGACAGAAACGCUUGUUAGAUAGUUAAAUCGAUGCGCCUGUCGCGAGAGGAAAGCUGAUAGAAAAAUAGAGAUAACAACUUGGAGGAAAAUGCGAUAGCUAGUUUCUUCGGUCGAUUAGCUUUUCGUUUACAAAAACGACGCGCGUCGUCGCGGAAAAUCGUCAAGGCCGAACGAUUCUUGAAACGUGAUCGUGAUUACAAUCGUUGUCGAGAAGGAGGAAAAUGUAGAAUCGGUGGACGAUAUCGCGAGGAAUGGAAUAAGAAAACGGUCAAGGGUCGUUUGUAAGCACGGCGGACAACGCAGAGAGCGACGCGAAAAAAAAACGUGCGCGCGAGUUGCGAAUUCGCGAGCAACUGACGCGUCGGGAAACGCGAACAAAAGUAUGCUCGUACACCUGUAUGCACCUGAAAAAAAAAAACGGAUAGCAACGAUCGCUUACGCGGACGCGCGAUGGCUCGGGAAUAAUCGCGCGAUGGUGCAACUGGUACCGGGCUCGAUGGAUGCCGCAUGGAUUUCGUCAAUUCUCGUCGAAGGCAAAAGCGAAUGAUAAAACUGUAAAGCGUGGUCGGAUCAUGAAAACGUUUACGACGGGCGCGGCCGGAGUUGAUAAAUUAUAAUGGUUAACACGAGACGCGGUAAGCGUGACGCGCGACGUCGCGAUGCAUCGACGCGUUCGUCCCGCUUCGGCGAAUAUUUCCGGCCGCAGCGGCCGCACGACGUUAUCGUCGUAGCUGCUCAGUCUUCGAUCGCCUCGCGUCCGUUCGAUUCGACGGAUAAACAGUUAGCAGGGGUAACAAUUACGAACACGAUAACGAUGCGAAUAGACAAGCGCGAUGACGCGAUAUUCUCCUCGUUCCUCGAUUAGUGCUGUCCUUCGACUUACGUAAGCACCGUUUUACGCACGGUUGGAGGCGUGUACAAGCAGAACAGGCCGAGAAAUUCGUUGAACGACGAACAAAAGAAAUCGCGAAACGUCCUACAUCGUUUUCGCAAACGGCCCGUGCAAUUCGUCCCCUGAUAAUUUUCACCCGCAUCGCGGUAAAUCCUGACGAUUUCUCUUUCUUCUAUCUCCAUGUUUAUUCUUCUUUGCUUUUCCUUUGCGAAACCGUGGGAAACAGCACGGACGAUUCGUCGAUAGAUAACGAGUUAAUAAUUGGAAAAAAAAAAUUGAAAGAAUCCGCAUCGAUGCUCUAGGGUGGUUUAUUUUACCUUCUUUCUAAUUUAGACAGCCUCGAUUACAUUCGAAACGCGUCUGGUCGUCGCUCGAGACGGCGAACGAGCGAUUAAUAGGCCGGGCUAAUGUAACCCAACAUCUGAAAGAUGUUGUACAUGGUGUCGAAAUUUUUGACAAGCGUGCGAACGUUGUCUGGCGUGGUUUGCAUGCUUGCCACUCGAUCGAGAAUACGGCGUAACCACGGAAGUCCGGUGGUGGCGAGGAAACGCCAGCAAAUUCUUAGCGCGUUUUGCAGAACCAUCGCAGUUUGGUUGCGGGCGAAGUUGCUCGUCGCCUUGACCGAAUCAUCCACAAAUUCAAAGGGGUGAAAAAUCAUUCGAGGCAGGUCCAACAAAAUGCUUUCCACCAGGCCAGGGGUACCCUCGCGUUUCGUGCGAACAAUCCCGUUCAUAAUCCUUCGAAAGGGAUAAAGGAACAGUUGCAACGCAUCCAUGAUCGCAAAUAUGAAAUCGCGAAUUGCGUGUGCGAUCAGCUCUGCUAUCAUUAUGGGUAUCCUGACGAUGGUCGAUAUUAGCUCUUGGAUACCGGAGGUAACGAAGCUCCCGAUGCUGCGUGGUGGGCGCAGUAACGUCACAGCGUAGGGAGCACCGUUGUUUCCUUCCUUGCUACCGAUUUGUCGGAGGUCAUUAUCUGAAAACGAACGAAUUUACGCGUAUCUCGAUUUGUCUGCAGUUCGUGGAAACGCGAAACGUACCUUGUUCGUUCGGGUAGGCAGGGCAAAGGUCGAUACAGAGGAGGAGCAGCAGCAGCAGGAUCCCAAAAGUUCGCAUCGUGGAGAACGAGUUGACCGUUGCGAAAACUUUUCGUAGACACUUGGCCGGCACGAGUGACCGAUGGAAAUCGCGAGCCUUCUACCGAUCCUCCACCUCUUUGUGUUACGGUUAUCGGUGCAAAUUCGCGACAUUGCCCCGUUUCCGUCCACGAAUCGCAAAUUUCUCCUUUCGUCCGGCACGAUUAUCGCGUUCUUAUCGCGAACGUUCCGCCUCUGACCGCGCUAACGAAAAACACGAAAUGGAAAAACGAAAUACCUGAUAAACGAAUCGAUUUUCCAUCGCUAUUAUUUCGAACUAGUAGGUACUUAAUUCCAGGGGAAACGAGUAAAAGUAGAAAAAAGGAUGGUUCGAACGAGCGUGUCGUAAUGCACGGCACGUGAAUUAUUCGCGUAGGAGUAUUUGAAAAACAGACGACGACGAUGGGGAAUCGAUCGUACAGGGAAUCGGGUUGAAAUUUACUUCUGGUUUUAGCAAGAGCACGCGACGAAAGAGAGAAAAAUUGAUAUUUGCAGAGUUCGGUAAACGCCGUAUCGAGUCACGCGCGAACUUUAAGCACGGGACAAGCGCCGGGAUCAAAGGGAAAGGGCAAAUGAUUGUUUGCCAAGAUUUCGACGACUGGAAAAAAAGGGUCGCAUCGCGCGUAUCCACGUUUCAAUCGAUUUGUUCUUUUAGCGUUUGUUGUGCAUUAGACCGUUCCACUCGGACUAGGCAACUAUCGCGUCGGUGUAACAAAGAUUAUCCGUGUCCCCGUUUUAUCAGACUCGUCACUUUGAAACGAGACUUUAUUAACGAGGAAAAUUCGAUAACGGUGAAAGAUUGGUAGCGGUAGCUAGUUAGUCGAAGCGAAACAUCAUGUUCGGACGGCAGCGAUUUCUGGCGACCCUGUCGCUCGAGUUGCUGCCGUUCUUGUUAUCGAGUUUUGCCGUCGAACCGAACGCUUCGCCCGAUUCCGUCCUCAUACGACCGAUCGCCGUUUAUCAGAGUCUGAUCAAAGGGGUCCACGAUUACUUUAACAACACUUGCGUGAUACUCCUACGCGGUUCCUCGAGACCGAUAGAAGAGGAAGGAAUGGAACAAUUGGACGGAUUGCUGGCGCUUCAGAGGUAUUUCAGCGGCUCUUUGAACAUACGUACAGCCAUCAUGGAUUUUCAGAUGUUCAAGAAUCGAGUGGGGAAAACUUAUCGUCAGAUCAAGAGGCCGUUGUUCGUGUUGCUGAACGAUCUGGAGGAAACGAAACAGCAGUUCGCUUCGGUUUCCAAGUGGAUCGGAAUGGCCUAUCCGACGUGGUUGCUCUUUCUCAGGGACGAGAGCAAUUUCGAGGAGGUUUUGACGAACGUUUACGUGCCGUUCGACUGUGUGCUGAUGGUCGCCCAGAGGAACACCGAAGGAGCUGGUGAGAUCAUUCGAGACGUGUAUCGCAUCGGCAAAGAAGACCGGUUGAGAUGGAUGACGUUUGGCACGUGGAACGUUACUCAUGGAUUUCGAGGCCCUCUUCUCGGAUUAUAUCAGCGACGCAACGAUUUACAUGGACGCAACAUAAGGGUGGUGGUCAUUCACGAUCCUCCUAUCUCGCGAAUCGUCCGGAACGAGACGACCAACCAGACGAUCGGUGUCCGAGGUUUUUUCGGGGAGGUGCUUCAGCUGUUGCAGGAAGGAAUGAAUUGCACAUUCAGUUACGUGGAGGGUUCUUGGGGCGUGCGGCUGCCGAAUGGCACCUGGACGGGCUCGAUCAGGAUGUUGUUAGAGGACGAGGCGGAUUUAGUGGCCACCGAACUGAUGAUGACGUCGGACAGGCUGGACGCUGUGAAAUUCACCACGCCCGUUUAUUCGACCAAGUGUCGCGUGUACAUCAAGAGACCAGAUUCGAUGGCGGUCAAGUGGAACACGUAUUUUGCGCCAUUCGCGUCCAACAUUUGGAACGCGAUCGCGAUAACGAUCGUGCUCGCCACUCUCGCGAUCGCCGGGAUCGAGGGAUUCACCUCGAGGACCAGCGAAUUUCCACCCUCUCCGUUCCGACUGUCCGAGAUCUUGUUCCUGGUGUUUGGCGUGUUUUGCGGGCAAGGUAUGGAACCGUCUUCGUUGGAUCCGAUCAGGCUGGUGCAUCUGAGCAUUCAUCUGACAGCGGUGGUAGUGAUCGCCGCUUACUCGGCGGCGCUGAUCAGUUAUCUCGCGAUCAAGACGUUCGUGAUGCCGUUCACCACGAUGGAGGGUCUCUUGGUGGACGGUACAUAUCGAUUCGCGGUGGUCGCCGAUUCGGCCGACUAUAGCUUCUUCCAGAACACCACCGAUCGCACUCUCAGCGUCAUGUUUGAGGAGUUGUUGACUAGGGAAACCGAUCUUCCGGAUAAUUAUCUGGACGGUUUGAAACGCGUUUGUAAGGAAAGCAAGUACGCGUUUAUGACACUGGACAAUAUGGCAGCGGUUCUACGAGGAAAGGUCGACUGCGCUUUGGAACCUCUGGACGUGAUGAUGCAGACCACGAUAGCCAUGGCGGUUCCGUCGCAGAGUCCCUACCGUGGAAUCAUCGACACCAACAUUCUUCUGCUGCGAGACAGCGGAAUUCUUCAGCGGCUGCUCAAGACGGAAUGGUCGACGAACGAGUACACGGCGAAAACGGGCUGGACGUCGGUGGAACUGCAGGAGGCGACGCCGCUGCUCGUGUUCAUGCUGCUGUCGUUUCUGGUCGCGGGUAUGGCGCUGCUGGUGGAACGAAUGGUUCGUCGCGAUCGCGGGAGAAUUCGGGUGGUCGCGGCGCGGCAACAGGCGGCUAAUUAGCCGCGCCUCUGCCGGAUGAUCGAGCGCCA